AUGGAUGAAUAUGAGAAUUCUACUUCGCUUGUUGAGUACAAUGUCGUUGAAGCAUUUCAAUUUAUUAACGGGAGGAGAUAUCAAAACAGCAACGAACCAAUCUAUAUGCUACCAAUCGAUAAUAUAGAAGCCGAAAGAUUGCGUAAAGUGCAUUGCCUUAUGCGAUUGAUUUUUAAAGGGAAUUUUUCAUCUCCAAUUGAAGAAGCUUUAAAAUCUGGUGGCGUGAAAGUUUUAGACAUUGGAUGUGGCUCGGGCGCUUGGAUCAUGGAUUUGUCCACCGAGAACUCAUCAUCCACUUUCGUAGGAAUCGAUAUGGUGCCGAUAUUCCCCAAAAAAUGUCCAACUAAUGCUGCUUUUCUCCAAUGCAACGUAUUGGAUGGUAUCCCAUUUCCGGACGCUACUUUUGAUUUUGUGCAUCAACGAUCACUUCGUCUGGCAUUCACUCUUGAGAAUUGGAAGGCGACAAUAGAUGAUAUUCUAAGAGUUACAAAACCAGGAGGUUGGGUAGAAUUUUGUGAAUUGGAUUUAUGCAUACGUAAUAUGGGACCAACUUUGAGAAAGAUACUUAAUGGAGCCACACAGUACCAUGCGGGUGUAGGUGUUGAGCCAUACGUGGUCCCCUUUCUGAAGCACAUACUAGCUAAAACUGACAAAUUAAAAGAAAUUUAUUUCGUCGAAACUUCAACGCCAUUUGGAUCUUGGGGAGGAAAGCUUGGGGAGAUGACAUUUGAUCUGAUGGUAGAAGAAAUUCAAGGCAUGAACCCAUUUAUCACACCAAUAUUAGAAGUAACCAACGAAAAAUUUUCAAAAAUGAUCGGUGAACUUGAAACGGAAUCGAAUGAUUAUGAAACAAGCUUUAGAUAUAUAAGAUGGUUUGGACAGAAAAAAGAAUAUUAA